GUAAAAAGAAGAGUUUGGCAGGGAGCCGGGGAUCGUGAGAGACAAAAGGCGGUGAAGUGAGGGUUAGUGGGGGUGUCGAGAAGCGGAGACGACGAGCCGCGUCCCCUCCUCCCACUCGCGAAUCGGGAGCCGGAGCAGAGAGAUGAAGCGUCGGGCCACCAUGGACGGCCCCCAGGAGCAGCCGGCGGCGAGCUACAAGAUCCAUGUGAAGAUGCUAAAAACAGUCACCCUUGAUGUUAACUGCACAGAUACAGUUGAUCAGAUCAAAUCUAAAUUUAGUACCAUCGAGGGGAUUGACAAAAGCAUGCAAGAACUAUUCUUUGCUGGGAUUCACUUGAAGAAUCAUGGCAAGGUUGCUGAUUACAAUAUCAUGCCAAACUCUUCUGUGGAGCUUUACGUAACUGACAGGAUGCAGAUAUCUGUCGAUAUACCCUCCGAUGUACCCUCAGAUGGGAAAACCAUCAGGCUCAAUAUGAAGAAAUCCAACAAAGUUGUUGAUGUCAAGGCGGAGAUUGAACAGAAGGAGGGAAUUCCUAUUAAUAGACAAAUGCUGAUUUAUGAAGGUCGACAUCUUGAGAACAACCAUAUGUUAAGUCAAUGUGGUUUGACGAAUGACCCAGCACUUCUUCUUUUGGUUCGCCCGACUGACAAUCUUCAUGUCUUUGUCAAUGUUGGAGAUAAAAGAUUUGUCAGUCUUACUGUCAAAUGCUGGCAUACUGUUGCUAUUGUCAAGUCGAUGAUAGACUCUUUGGAGGGAUUACCUGCUUGGAAUCAGAUACUCAUGCAACCUCGGUCUGGCGUUGAUGUGGUACUUAAAGACAGCAAAACACUGCAGGCUCAGGGCGUCAAAAACAACGAUAUUCUCAUAUUGCAGCAGAAGGUUCAGCAUAUGAGAAACAACCAGACUGUCCAGGUCUUCAUCAGGCUAUGGGAAGGGAAGACUGUAACAAUGUUUCUUAACUUGUCCGACAGAGUAGAAGAAGUAAUGAAGAAAAUUGAAGAGAAGCUGCUGAUUAAGGAAGGCAUAUACUAUCUCUGCUACCAAGGGCAUCAUCUGUCUAGUUUUGAUACUCUUCAGAAGCACGGGGUCAAGAGGCACUCCACGAUUACCAUCCGCCUCCGCCUUCGGGAUCCCAACCCCGUGAAACCAAGGCCUGGGAACUGAAAACUAGGAAGAGCUUGGGUGGUACUCCGAACUUUUAGGUGGAACUUUACAUCUGUCUAGCGGUGAAGUCUUUUAACUUUUGAUUUCUAAUGACUUGUGAUGCCUGUCAACUAGAAGUGUUACUUUUGUAGUCCAAGCGGCUUGUUUAGCAGUGUUGCUUUGCUUCCUGCUGAAUGAGAUGAGAUCAUGAGACGUAGCUGUGCUGCUUGUUUUCCUGUAGAACCUCAGAUUUCGUGUUCACUGCAUGUUGCCUGCUUUAAUAGUGAUUGGUCGUUCCAGACUAUUUUAUCUUAUGGGCAAAGGCUAUAGCAGUGGCCAAGAUAUGGAGCUUUUGUGUAA